AUGAGCCACAAAGAACAAGAGGCAGGGGCCAUGCAAGAGACCCAGUUUGGCUGUGUAGAGGCUCCCCAAAAGAGAGUCAUUUAUUUUACCAACGGGGAGACACUGGACCUGGACAGUGAUGAAGAGGAGGAGGAGGAAGAAGAGAAAGCAGUGGGCUAUUUUGGGGACAACAGACGCAAGGGGAGGUUUUCACUCAAGAAUCUGGUCUUGCGAGUUGGACGGCUGUCACUUCUCACUUGUGACUUCCUGGGUGAAAGACUUGCCGGAGCUCUUGGGCUGAACGAAGCAAAAUACCAGUACGCCAUAGAUCAGCAUCAACGUCAGAAGAAGAUUGUAGAUGAUGCUGGGACCACUCCUCUGUCUCCUUCUGAAGUCUGCCGAUAUGGAGCGACUGAAGGCACCCGGCAAGUCCACAGUGACGCUCAGCUCGACAAAGGGCGUCUCAAUUGGGGGCGAGGACCACCUCGGCGGCGAUCCUGCGCAUGUGCCAGACGCUAG